AUGUUGAUCAAGGAGAGCUACGCCGACGUCAAGACCUCUGCCAAUGGCAAGGAGUCGGCGAUGAGAAUCUUCCUCUUCCACCCAACCAUCCCAGGAUAUCCCAAUGCGCGCUUCCCCGGAGUCGCCCUCUUUAGCGAAAUCUACCAAGUGACCGGUCCCGUUGCCCGCUUCGCCCGCCAAAUCGCCGGUCAAGGCUACAUCGUCGCCGCCCCGAGCAGCUAUCACGACUUCACCGGCCCCGAGCCUCUCGCCUACGAUGUUCCCGGCACCGAUCAAGGCAACGAGUGGAAGGUAGUCAAGACCCUGGACUCGUACGAUGAAGACUCGCGCCGGACUGUCGACUACCUCCGGUAUCUGCCGACCUGCACCGGGCGCAUUGGCGCGACGGGCAUGUGUUUGGGUGGCCAUCUUGCUCUGAGAGCUGCUCUCGACCCCCGCAUAACAGCCGCCAUCCCUUACUUCGGCACCGACAUCCACUCGCGCACCCUCGGUCCCAACGACGGCCCCAACACCUCACCCUCCGCUCCCGCUCCUCGUCCUGACCCGACAACCGCGUCCGGCUUCGUCGCCCCUCACACCAUCGACCAGUUCGACAAGCUCAAACACUGCGAAGUAGCCAUGAUUUUCGGUAUCAAAGACACGCACGUGCCUGACGCCGGUCGUGAUUUGAUCCGCGCCAAGCUGAGAGAGGCUGGAGUGACAUUCAGCUUCUACGAGUUUGCGUGGGCGCAGCAUGCGUUCAUCAGGGAUGAGUUGAGCAAGGGGCGGUACGAUCCAGCGAUUACCAAGGUCUGCUUCGAGGUUCUGUUGGAGACCUUUGGGCGGGUUUUGAAGACGGAUUUGGGCCAGGGCACGGGGGAGAAAGAGGAGGUGGAGCACGUUUGUUAGGUGGUUGAACGAGAGAGACCAGGAGAGAAGGGAGAAGUGAGUGGUGGAUGAGUGUCCAGUAUACAAUGCACCACUGGAAGCCGGAAUUGCAGAUCUUCCAGAGGAGAUUUCACUUGCCGUCAACAGAUUAGGAGAUAACUGGCGCCGGAAGCACCCUAGAGUCAGCAUCGUUCCGUGACUUCCUUCCAGACGGGAGAAUGACAGCCCGAGACCAUAACUGCGGAAGACAAGGAAAGCCAAGAAACAUAGCAUCAAUGCUAAGCAUCGACAGACGAAUAGCGAGCAUCAACAGACCCCUUGAAUGGAAGCCCUAACAUCCCUGGACUCUUGACGGGAAUCUCUCUGCUCAGAAGAAAU